AUGUCUUCAGUUUAUUGGGCGUCACUAAACAAUUGGAUAUGUGUGCGGUAUAGAAGCCGCAAACAUACUGCAAAUACUCGUGUUAUUGAUUUUGAAGGGGAUGUGGAGGCAACAAGAGCUCAAGCCCCUAAUGGCAUUGAUCCACAACGUUGGAGUGAUGCUAUUGACCACAUCUUAACAGAACAACAUCAAAAUCGAUCCGCUCAAAAUAAAGAAUUUUGGAAGAAGCAAGUAGUUAAGAAUCGUAGAGGGACGUACAAGUACAAUAGUGCUUGUUUUAAGAACAAUUUUAAUAGACUUGAAGCAUUUCAUCCUACGCAUGUGAAUAUAAAUGGGGAAUUUUUUGAUCAUUUAGUUGAAGACCAAUAUAAUGAUUUAGUUGUUGAGGUUGCUUCACAGACUCUGCACAUAGCCGACUCCGGUGGUGAUGCAAUGCAGACUCCAUUGAUUGGAUCGUAA